CGAGGCCUCGGUCGACGGUCUUCAAUACGUAGCAGACAGUGGAACCAGCAAGGUGUCCGCUUCGAGUAGUCCGACGCGCGUCUGUUUGCUGGGCGUUCAUACGCUGAAGCAGUGGAGGAGGAAGAGGUGAGCGAGAGAGAGAGAGCGAGAUAGGUAGCAGUGGCCACCGCUUCACCAUCAGCAUCCAUACGGCUGUGGAAGUGAGCCUAUGCGCGGGGCUGCCGUUGUGACCUGCCGCGCAGUGCAACAGAAGGAACCCGCUCGGUGCAAUCUCUUGGUUGGAAAACAGUGUGUCUGAGUGUGCGUUUGUGUGUGUGUGUGUGUUAGUGGAUUUUUUUUCGGAAGAUAUUAAAAGAAGAAAAUCAUCAGUGACCCCAGAGCAAGAAGUGUUGUGUGAACUAGUACACCCAAGAAGCGAGCGCGCGCGCCCUGUCCGCGCCAAGUUUUCCAUGUUGUUUUAUGCUAGAAACUACAAACAUGUACACGUUCCCCAAAUGCUGGCCCCUGCUGCUGAUAGUUGCCGCCGCCGUAACGGGAACAUCCGCUGAGGAUGUACUCACCUGCCCAAAUGGUUGGAAGCUACGGGGCCUACACUGCUACAAGUACUUUAACGUGAAACACUCGUGGGAAAAGUCGGCCACACUGUGCAAAAGGUAUGGUUCCGAGCUGGUGACGGUCGAUUCGUACGAUGAGAACAACGCGACGUACAGCAUCGCGACCGGCAGCGAGUACCGGACGCGCAACAACGUCAAGUACUGGCUCGGCUUCGCCUCGCUGGACGAUCUGCGGACGAACACGCUCGAGUCGACGUCGGGCGACCUGUUCUCGCAGUACUCCGGCUUCUGGGCGAUCAGCGAGCCGAACCCGCUGGCCGGCGAGUGCGUGGCGGCCAACCUGGGCCCGACCGAGCAGAGCUGGGAGCUGCGCUCGUGCGAAACGCUGCUGCCGUUCAUGUGCAAGGCGCGCGCCUGCCCGCAGCAGUCGUUCCACUGCUCGAACGGGGCCUGCAUCAACCAGGCGUACAAGUGCGACGGCAACGAUGACUGUGGCGACGGUAGCGACGAGCUGGACUGUAGCGCCAGCUGCAACAUCUACAUGGCGUCGGGCGGCGAUGUGAUCGAGUCGCCCAACUUCCCGCAGAAGUACAGCUCGCUGCGCUCGUGCAAGUGGACGCUGGAGGGCCCGCAGGGCAGCAACAUCAUACUGCAGUUCCAGGAGUUCGACACGGAGAAGAACUUCGACACGGUGCAGAUACUGGUGGGCAGCCGGACGGAGGAUACGGCCGUGUCGCUCGCGACCCUGUCCGGGAAGGGGGACGUGCCGAGCAGGACGUUCAUUACCGCGUCCAACUUCAUGAUCGUCAAGUUCACGUCGGACGGCAGCGUGGAGAAGAAGGGCUUCCGGGCGACGUGGAAAACGGAGCCGCAAACGUGCGGCGGCGUGCUGCAGGCGAGCAAGCAGGAACAGUACCUGAAGAGUCCGGGCUUCCCGCAGGCGUACCCGGGCGGGAUUGAGUGUUUGUACGUGAUUAGCGCGCGGAAGGGCUACACCGUUUCGCUGGACGUGCAGGAGCUCGAUCUGAACGCGGACAGUGACUUCCUGCUGAUACGCGACGGGGAGAGCGCGCACGAUAAGCCGAUCGCCAAGCUGACCGGUACGCUCGACUCAAAGCCGAGCCGGGUUAUCAUUUCCACCGGGAACAGGCUGUACCUGUACUUCAGCACGUCGCUGGCCCAGCCGGCCAAGGGCUUCAGCAUACGGUACGUGGAGGGCUGUACGGCGGUGGUGAACGCGGCCAACGGUACGGUCGCCUCGCCCGCCUACAAUCUGGCCCCGUACCCGAACAACCAGGAGUGCUACUUCGUGAUCAAGAACCCGUCCGGCAAGCCGCUGUCGAUGCGGUUCGUCGACUUUGACGUGCAUCGGUCGGAUCUGGUGCAGGUGUUCGAUGGCCCAUCGACGUCCGGGGUGCGUCUGCACGCGGGCAACGGCUUUACCGAUAGCAACGCACCGAAGAUCACGCUGACCGCUUCCUCCGGGAAGAUGCUGCUCAAGUUCAUUACCGAUGCGCUCUACAACGGCAAAGGCUGGUCGGCGGAGUUCUCAGCGGACUGUCCCGAGCUGAAGCCGGGCAUUGGGGCGAUCGCUAGCAGUCGCGAUACCGCGUUCGGCACGGUGAUCAACUUUACCUGCCCCGUCGGGCAGGAGUUUGCGACGGGCAAGAACCGCAUCACGACCGUCUGCCAGAACGGUGGCAACUGGAGCAUCAGCUACAUCCCCGACUGUCAAGAGGUUUACUGUGGACCGGUGCCUCAGAUCGACAACGGCUUUUCGUUCAAGACGACCAACGUUACGUACCGAGGCAUUGCCACCUACCAGUGUUAUGCCGGCUUUGCUUUUGGAUCCGGUUUGGCGACGGAAACCAUCUCCUGCCUGGCGGACGGUACCUGGGAAAGGCAGCCAGCCUGUAUGGCGUCCCAGUGCCCCCCACUGCCGGAGGUCUCGCACGCUAACGUGACGGUGCUGAAUGGAGGUGGUCGCAGCUACGGUACGAUCAUCAGCUACGAAUGCAUUCCCGGGUACGUGCGGACGGGCCGCCCGAUACUGAUCUGCAUGUCCAAUGGGCAGUGGAGCAGCCCCGUGCCAAGCUGUUCGCGCAAGCAGUGCUACAAGAUCCCGGAGGUACAGAACGGCUACGUGGUGGACAAGACGCGCGAGUACUACUACGGCGAUGAGGCACGCGUCCAGUGCUACAAGGGCUACCGUUUGAUUGGCUCGCACACUGUCAAGUGCAACGAGCAGCAAGACUUCUCUAAUGUUCCGGUCUGUGAAGAUAUUGAUGAAUGUCAAACGUCACAGUGUGAUGCGUCCUCGACCGAGUGUAUGAAUGCGGCCGGUUCGUUCCAUUGCAAGUGUAAGACGGGUUACACCUCGUCCAUGGAAUGCCGACCGGUGGUCGAUCUGGGCCUCUCGAACGGUGGUAUAUCGGACGACAGCGUAACGGUCUCGUCGACUGCGGCGGGCUUCGAAAAAGGCAUGAUACGCCUCAACUCGGUCGGUUGGUGCGGCGCGGGCAAGGAGCGUGGCUCGAACUGGGUAAUCAUCGACCUGAAGGCGCCGACCAUCGUGCGCGGCUUCCGCACGAUGUCGGUGCAGCGCAUGGACGGCUCGCUGGCGUUCACGUCCGCCAUACGGCUCGAGUACUCGGACGACCUGUCCGACGUGUUCAAGGACUACGCCAACCCGGACGGUACCGCGGUCGAGUUCCGCAUACUGGAGCCGACGCUCUCGAUACUGAACCUGCCGAUGCCGAUCGAGGCGCGGUACAUCAAGUUCAAGAUACAGGACUUUGUCGUCGCGCCGUGCAUCAAGCUGGAGCUGAUGGGCUGCACCCGGCUGGACUGUUUGGAUGUGAACGAGUGCGCGAAGGACAACGGUGGCUGCAACCAGAAGUGCGUCAACUCGCCCGGCUCGUACAAGUGUGCGUGCAACUUCGGGUACGAGCUGUUCCGCCAGAACGGAACCGAAGGAUUCUUCAUCGAACGGCACGAGACGGGCGAGCUGGAUGGGGAUGUGUACCAGCGGAACAAGACGUGCGUGCGCAAGAUGUGCCCGGCCCUGUCCGAUCCGGAGAAUGGCAAGCUGCUGAGCAGCGAGAUCCAGCACCACUUCGGUGACGUGGUGCGGUUCCACUGCAACUUUGGCUACGUGCUGUCGGGCAGCUCGUCGCUCGCGUGCAUGUCGAACGGCAACUGGAACGCCUCCAUGCCCAAGUGUUUGAGUGCCAAGUGUGUCUCGCUGCCGGACGACGAAAAGGAAGGCCUGUUCGUGAAGCGGGGCGAUCAGAACGAUAUUCUGGUGCCGUUCAACGAGAACGUCACGCUGGAGUGCACGACCGCGGGCAAGCAGAUCGGCAAGACGGCCAUCUCCACCUUCCGGCAGUGCGUGUUUGAUCCGCAGCCGGGCUAUCCGGACUACUGGCUGUCGGGUGUGCUGCCGACCUGUUCGCGGGCCGACUGUGGCGUGCCGAUGCCGACCGCCGGUGCCGAGUACGGCCAGUACGCGGACACCAAGUACAUGAGCUCGUUCUUCUUCGGCUGUCAGAACACGUUCAAGCUGGCGGGCCAGACGACCAUGAACGACAAUGUGGUGCGUUGCCAGGCGAACGGUGUGUGGGACUUUGGUGAUCUGCGCUGCGAAGGGCCGGUGUGUGUCGAUCCGGGCCGUCCGAACGAUGGGUUCCAGGUGGCGAACAGCUACGAGCAGAGCUCGGAGGUACUGUUUGGAUGUUCGCGUGCCGGGUACAUUCUGAUCAACCCACGGCCGAUCACGUGCGUGAAGCAGCCGGAGUGCAAAACGAUCAAACCGAUCGGCAUCUCGUCUGGGCUGAUCCCGGACAGUGCGAUCAAUGCGACCUCGGAGCGCCCGAACUACGAGGCGAAGAAUGUGCGGCUCAACUCCGUCACGGGCUGGUGCGGCAAGCAGGAAACGUUCACGUACGUCAGCGUCGAUCUCGGCAAGGUGUACCGCGUGAAGGCGCUGCUGGUGAAGGGUGUCGUGACGAACGAUAUCGUAGGCCGGCCGACCGAGAUCCGCUUCUUCUACAAGCAGUCGGAGAAGGAGGACUACGUGGUGUACUUCCCGAACUUUAACCUGACCAAGCGCGACCCGGGCAACUACGGCGAGCUGGCGAUGAUUACGCUGCCGAAGUACGUGCAGGCUCGCUUCGUCAUACUCGGCAUCGUGAGCUACAUGGACAACCCGUGCCUGAAGUUCGAGCUGAUGGGAUGCGAGGAACCGACGGCUGAUCCGCUGCUCGGCUACGACUACGGCUACUCGCCGUGCGUCGACAACGAGCCGCCAAUCUUCCAGAACUGCCCGCAGCAACCCAUACUGGUGAAGCGCGGACCGAACGGCGAAGUACUGCCCCUGAACUUUACCGAACCGACCGCGCUGGACAACUCUGGGUCGAUCGCACGGCUCGAGGUGAAGCCACCGCACUUCAAAACGACCAGCUACGUGCUGGAGAACACGGUCGUCAAGUACAUCGCGUACGACUACGACGGCAACGUGGCGAUCUGCGAGAUCAACAUCACCGUGCCGGACAUUACGCCGCCGCUGCUCGACUGCCCCCAGAGCUUCGUGAUCGAGCUGGGCGAAAAGCAGGCCAACUAUUACGUCAACUUUAACGACACGAUCAAGCGCGUGAAAGCGUCGGACAGCUCCGGGGACGUGCGGAUCGAGUACGUGCCCGAGUCGGCCUCGAUCCCGCUCGGCGGCUUCCGCAACGUGACCGUCGUGGCGACGGACAAGUUCAACAACAAGGCGACCUGCAACUUCCAGGUGUCGGUGCAGCCGACGCAGUGCGUCGACUGGGACCUGCAGGCACCGGGCAAUGGGGAGAUCAAGUGCACCGCGCAGGAGUCGGGCGGCGUUGAGUGUGAGGCGACGUGCAAUGCGGGCUUCCGCUUUACGGAUGCGGACAAGAAGAAGGUGUUUACCUGCCGGAAGGGACGCUUCUGGAAGCCAUCGUCCGUGGUGCCGGACUGUGUGUCGGAGAACACGCAGCGGGCGGACUAUCAGGUGGUGGCGACCACCACGUACCGGGCGAACGGUGUCGUGUCGGAACAGUGCCUGCCGCAGUACCAGGAGCAGACGGCGAAACACUUUGCCAGCCUGAGCAGCGUGCUGUCGCAGCGCUGUUCGGCCGUGUACGUCAACAUGAACGUGACGAUCCUGCGGUCCGUGCCGCGCCUGCUGGAGGAGAACGUGGUGCAGAUGGACUUUAUACUGCUGAUCGAUCCGGCGGUGAAGCAACCGCAGCUGUACGAUCUGUGCGGCUCCACGCUGAAUCUGAUCUUCGAUCUGAGCGUCCCGUACGCGAGUGCCGCGAUCGAGCCGCUGUCGAACGUGAAGUCGAUCGGGAAUGAGUGCCCACCGCUGCGUGCACUCAAGAGUGCGAUCUCGCGCGGUUUCACCUGUGGCGUCGGGGAGGUACUGAACAUGGACACGAACGACGUGCCGCGCUGUCUGCACUGUCCGGCGGGUACGUACGCGGGCGAAAACCAGAAAACAUGCUCGCCCUGCUCCAAGGGAUUCUAUCAGCAUCGCGAACGACAAGGGUCGUGCCUGAAGUGUCCGGUCGGCACCUACACGAAGGAGGACGGUUCGAAGGCGGUACAGGACUGUGUGCCCAUCUGCGGCUACGGUACGUACUCACCGACCGGUCUAGUGCCGUGUCUCGAGUGUCCGCGCAAUUCCUUCUCGGCGAUGCCGCCGCUCGGUGGGUUCCGCGACUGCCAGGCUUGCCCGAGCGGUACCUUCACCUACCAGCCGGCGGCACAGAGCGAAUCGGACUGCCGGCGCAAGUGCGCGGCCGGUACGUACUCCCACACCGGGCUGGCACCGUGCACGCCCUGCCCGAAGAACUACUACCAGAAGUCGGAGGGCGCGACGAGCUGCAGCGAGUGUCCGUCGGGCCGCCGCACGGAUACGGUCGGUUCGGUAACGGCCGACGACUGCAAACCGAUCACGUGCAAUGAAAACUCCUGCCAGCACGGUGGGCUGUGCGUUCCGCUCGGUCACGACAUCCACUGCUUCUGCCCGGCCGGGUUCUCUGGCACGCGGUGCGAAAUUGACAUCGACGAAUGUGCGUCGCAGCCGUGCUACAACGGGGGUACAUGCAAGGACUUACCGCAGGGGUACGAGUGUCGCUGUGCGCGCGGCUACUCCGGCAUCAACUGUCAGGAGGCGAAGAGCGACUGCGAUGCGGAUCCGUGCCCGGCACGGGCGAUGUGCAAGGACGAGCCCGGGUUCGGCAACUACACGUGCAUGUGCCGCAGCGGCUACACCGGCGACAACUGUGACGUCACGAUCGAUCCGUGCACGGCCGGGGAGAACCCGUGCGGCAACGGGGCGACCUGCGUGGCGCUGCAGCAGGGCCGCUUCCGCUGCGAGUGUACCGCCGGCUGGGAGGGACACCUGUGCAGCAUCAACACGGACGACUGUGCGGAGAAACCCUGCCUGCUCGGUGCGAACUGUACGGAUUUGGUGAACGAUUUCAGCUGCUCCUGUCCGCCCGGGUUCACCGGCAAGCGGUGCCAGGAGAAGAUUAACCUCUGCCUGUCCGAGCCGUGCAAUCACGGCAUGUGCGUCGAUCGGUACUUCUACCACGAGUGUGUCUGUGCGCCGGGCUGGGAGGGAGCGGCCUGCGACGUCAAUGUGGACGAGUGCGAGAGCGCACCGUGCGAGAACGGUGGCGUCUGUACGGAUCUGAUCAACGACUACCAGUGCAGCUGUGCGGACGGGUACACGGGCAAGAACUGUCAGCACACGGUGGACGACUGUGAGAGUGCACCGUGCCAGAACGGCGGUACGUGUGUGGAUCGGCUCGACGGGUUCGCGUGCAUGUGCCGACCGGGGUACGUCGGUGUGCAGUGCGAAACCGACCGGAAUGAGUGUCUGAGCGAUCCGUGCAGCCCGAUCGGGACGGAGAAGUGUGUGGAUCGGGAGAACGCGUUCGAGUGUGCGUGCCGGCAGGGCUUCGAGGGCAAGCUGUGCGAGAGCGACAUCGACGACUGUGAGUACGCGCCGUGCCAGAACGGAGGGACGUGUUUGGAUCGGGUCGGUGGCUUUGAGUGCCAGUGCCCGGCGGGCUGGACGGGCGAGCGGUGCAACGUGCAGGUGACGGCGUGCGACGUCGAGCGGCCGUGCAAGAACGAUGCGGAGUGCAUCGACCUGUUCGAGGACUUUUUCUGCGUGUGUCCGAGCGGCACCGAUGGGAAGAAGUGUGAGACGGCGCCGGAUCGGUGUAUUGGGCAGCCGUGUAUGCACGAGGGCCAGUGUAAGGAUUAUGGCUCCGGGCUGAACUGUUCGUGCUCGAGCGAUUUCACCGGCGUUGGGUGUCAGUAUGAGUUUGAUGCGUGCGAGGCCGGCACCUGCCAGAAUGGGGCGACGUGUGUCGAUCGGGGCAGCGGCUACCAGUGCAUCUGUCCGCCGGGCUACACGGGGAAGAACUGUGAGCACGAUCAGGUGGACUGUAAGGACAAUUCCUGCCCACCCGGUGCCGUUUGCAUCGAUCUGAACAAUGACUUCUACUGCCAGUGUCCGUUCAACCUGACCGGGGACGAUUGUCGCAAAUCGGUCCAGAUUGACUACGAUCUGUACUUCAGCGAUCCGUACCAUUCGUCCGCGUCGCAGGUCGUACCGUUCUACACGACCGCACCGGACAGCUUGACGCUCGCGAUGUGGGUCCAGUUCGCCCAGAAGGACGACACCGGCAUCUUCAUCACGCUCUACUCGGCCAACGCACCGAACGUGAUCACCAAGCGCAGGACGAUGCUGCAGGCCCAUUCGAGCGGAGUGCAGGUUUCGUUCUUCGACGAUCUGCAGGACGUGUUCCUGCCGUUCAAGGAGUACAGCACGAUUAAUGACGGCCAGUGGCACCAUAUUGCCGUCGUGUGGAACGGCAAAACCGGACAGCUGAUGCUCAUCACGGAGGGCUUCAUCGCCAGCAAGGCAGAGUACGGUGUGAACCGAGUGCUGCCCAAGUACUGCUGGCCCGUACUCGGCGCACCGCUGAUGGAUGGCAACCGGAAGGAAGCGUACAGCGAUCUCGGCUUCCAGGGCAAGCUGACGAAGGUGCAGAUCUGGAGCCGGGCGCUGGACGUGACGAACGAGAUUCAGAAGCAGGUGCGCGACUGUCGCAGCGAGCCGGUACUGUACAAAAACCUCAUCCUGAACUGGGCCGGCUACGAACAAACGCUCGGCGGUGUGCAGCGCUCCGUCCCGUCCACCUGCGGCCAGAAGAAGUGCAAACCGGGCUACGCCGGGGCCAACUGUCAGCAGCUGCAGGUCGACCGGGAGCCGCCGCAGGUCGAGUACUGUCCGGCCGAUCUGUGGAUCGUGGCCAAGAACGGCUCGACGGUGGUGAACUGGGAGGAGCCCCGGUUUGCCGACAACAUUGGCAUUUCCAAGAUCGUCGAGCGGAACGGGCACCGGUCGGGCGAGACGCUGCUGUGGGGCAUCUACGACGUGAUGUAUCUGGCGUACGAUGCGGCCGGCAAUACGGCCGCCUGCGCGUUCAGGGUGACGAUCGUGGCCGAGUUCUGUCCGGCGCUGGCCGAUCCGCUCGGCGGCACGCAAAGCUGCAAGGAUUGGGGCGCGGGCGGCCAGUUCAAGGUGUGCGAGAUUGCGUGCAAUCCGGGCAUGAAGUUCUCGCAGGUGGUGCCACGGUUCUACACGUGCGGCUCGGAGGGCUUCUGGCGCCCGACCGCCCACCCGACCGUGCCGCUGGUGUACCCGUCCUGCUCGCCGACCAAGCCGGCCCAGCGGUUGAUCCGCAUCCAGAUGCAGUUCCCGUCGGACGUGCUGUGCAACGAGGCGGGGCAGGGUGUGCUGCGGCAGCGCAUCAAGAAUGCGAUCAACGCGCUGAACCGCGACUGGAACCUGUGCUCGUACUCGAUGGAGGGUUCGCGCGAGUGUCGCAACGUGGAGAUCGAUGUGCGCUGCGACCGGAACCGCCAUCCGAACAUUGUCAAGCGCCAGACGGUGCUGCAGAUCUCGCCGAAUCCGGAGAGUGCGUACGCGAUCAAUGCAACGAUUCCGAUCAAGAGUGAGAUUGUGAGCAACUCGAACGGUCAGCGGCUGAACACGCUCAACCUGCUGGAGAAGCUCAUCCUGGAGGACAACCAGUUUGCGGUGCAGGACAUUCUGCCGAACACGUUCGGCGAUGCGUCCUCGCUCAAUCUCGUCACCGAGUACGCCUGCCCGCAGGGCCAGGUGGUGGUCGAGCCGGACUGUGUGCCGUGCGCGGUCGGCACGUUCUACAACGUGUCGAGCAAGACGUGCCUGCCCUGCCCGGAGGGUUCGUACCAGCCGGAGAUUGGCCAGCUGCAGUGCAAGAGCUGCCCGAAGAUUGCGGGCCGGCCCGGCGUGACGGCGCUGGUUGGUGCCCGAUCGGCCGUCGAGUGCAAGGAACGAUGUGCCGCCGGUAAGUAUCUCGACUCGGUUACCGGACUGUGCCAACCGUGCGGCUACGGCUACUACCAGCCGAGCGAGGGUUCGUUCUCGUGCGAGAUCUGCGGCCUGGGACAGACGACCCGUACGGCGGAGGCGACGAGCAAGAGCGAGUGCCGGGACGAGUGCAGCUCCGGCAUGCAGCUCGGGCUGGAGGGCAAGUGUGAGCCGUGCCCGCGCGGCACCUACCGCAAGCAGGGCGUCCAGUCGUCCUGUCUGCCGUGCCCGAACGGGCGCACGACCGCCAAGCUCGGCUCGUCCAACGUGGAGGAGUGCUCGCUGCCGAUCUGCUCGCCCGGCACCUACCUGAACGGUACGCUGAACGUGUGCGUCGAGUGCCGCAAGGGCUUCUACCAGUCGGAGUACCAGCAGACGUCCUGCAUUCCGUGUCCGCCGAACCACACCACCCGCAGCACGGCAGCGAACAACAAAAACGAAUGCAUCAACCCGUGCGAGGACGUGUCGGACGGUUCGCCGCGCUGCGACCCGAACGCGUUCUGCAUACUGAUACCGGAAACGUCCGACUUCAAGUGUGAGUGUAAACCAGGCUUCAACGGUACCGGCAUGGAGUGUUCGGAUAUGUGCAACGGUUUCUGCGAGAACGCGGGCCACUGCGUGAAGGAUGCGAAGGGCAUGCCGUCCUGCCGCUGCAAGGGAUCGUUCACCGGCACCAAGUGUACCGAGCGGUCCGAGUUUGCCUACAUUGCCGGUGGCGUUGCCGCUACCGUCAUCUUCAUCAUACUCAUCGUACUACUGAUCUGGAUGAUUUGUGCGCGAGCCAAUCGCAAACGGGAUCCAAAGAAGAUCAUCUCACCAGCUGCGGACCAGACCGGGUCGCAGGUUAACUUCUACUACGGAGCGCACACGCCAUAUGCCGAAAGUAUUGCGCCAUCGCAUCACAGCACGUACGCACACUAUUACGACGACGAGGAGGACGGUUGGGAGAUGCCCAACUUCUACAAUGAAACGUAUCUUAAAGAUGAUCAAUUCAUCGGUGUUCAAGGUGCCAACGGAAAGCUUAAUUCGUUGGCUCGAUCAAAUGCAUCGUUGUACGGUACCAAGGACGAUCUGUACGAUCGGCUAAAACGUCACGCUUAUACCGGUAAAAAAGACAAAAGUGACACGGACAGUGAGGAGCAUUAGGCACCGUUGUUAAGUUAAGUAUUAGCUCAUAUUAAAAUCCCUUCGAAAUACUCUUGUAUAGAACAAAAACAACACACAAACACACACACAAUUACACAUAUUAAGUAAAAACCCAGUCGAACGAGGAACAGGGCGAGAAGGAGACGAGGACGGUGGAGAAGAAGAAUACACAAUACACGCGAGAACAACAACCUUUUCAUUGAAUAAAUUGUAUGUUUUAAAUUACGACUUUUAAUUAA